UCGAGAGGGAGCGCGCAGCUAAGCGCGCCGCUCUUUGUCCUCCAUUAGAGCUCGCGUUCCCGCUCCCGCACCGUACGGCGCAGGCCCGAAGUGGCGCAGGCCCGAAGUAGCGCAGCCGCUCUGAGCUCUACACCAGUGCAAUCCAGGGGAGCUGCAGAAUCAUGGAGGAGCACAGCGUGCACCAGCCAGACAUAACCACCAUGGAGGCCCAGCAGGUGCACGUGGCCACCUACACGGAGCACAGCAUGCUGAGCGCCGACGAGGACUCGCCCUCCUCGCCGGAGGAUGAUGCCUAUGAUGACUCCGACAUCCUUAACUCCACGGGAACCGAUGACGUCACAGCUCACCUUGCCGCUGCAGGGCCGGUGGGUAUGGCGGCGGCGGCUGCCGUGGCGACGGGAAAGAAGAGGAAGCGGCCGCACAUCUUUGAAUCCAACCCUUCCAUACGCAAAAGGCAGCAAACACGCCUGUUGCGAAAGCUGAGAGCCACCCUGGAUGAGUACACGACCCGCGUGGGCCAGCAGGCCAUCGUGCUGUGCAUGUCGCCCUCCAAACCGAACGCCGUCUUCAAAGUGUUUGGCGCCGCCCCUCUGGAGAAUGUGGUGAGGAAGUACAAGAACAUGAUCCUGGAGGACCUGGAGAAUGCCCUCGCUGAGCACGCACCCCCACCCCAAGAGCUGAGCUCUGAGCUGCCGCCCCUUACCAUCGACGGCAUCCCCGUCUCCGUGGACAAGAUGACGCAGGCCCAGCUGCGAGCGUUCAUCCCAGAGAUGCUCAAGUACUCAACAGGCCGCGGCAAGCCAGGCUGGGGCAAGGAGAGCUGCAAGCCCAUGUGGUGGCCGGACGACAUCCCCUGGGCCAACGUGCGCAGCGAUGUGCGCACUGAGGACCAGAAGACCAGGCAGGUGUCAUGGACCCAAGCGCUGAGGACCAUCGUGAAGAACUGCUACAAACAGCACGGCCGUGAGGACCUGCUUUACGCCUUUGAGGAGCAGCAGGCCGCGCAGCCGCACGUGGCCACGGCUACAGCCCACAGCAUCACCCACCUGGUGCCCUCGCAGACCGUGGUGCAGACCAUCAGCAACCCCGACGGCACCGUGUCCCUCAUACAAUAUUCACAGGUGGGAACCGGAGCAACGGUGGCCACGCUGACCGACGCCUCGGAGUUGCCCGCUACCGUUACCGUGGCGCAGGUUAACUACUCAACGGGGGCCGAUGGAGAGGCGUCUGUGCGCACAGGUGGAGCAGAACUGGGCCACGCUGCAGGGGGGGGAGAUGACCAUUCAGACCCCCCAGGCAUCAGAGGCCACGCAGGCCGUGGCUUCACUGGCGGAGGCAGCUGUUGCCGCCUCUCAGGAAAUGCAGCCCGGAGCUACGGUUACCAUGGCGCUCAACAGCGAGGCAGCGGCCCACGCGGUGGCGACACUGGCGGAGGCCACACUCCAGGGCGGGGGACAGAUCGUGUUGGCGGGGGAGACUGCGGCUGCCGUGGGAGCUUUGGCGGGGGUGCAGGAUGGCAGCGGACUCGUCCAGAUCCCAGUCAGCAUGUACCAGACUGUGGUCACCAGCCUUGCCCAGGGUAACAGGCCCGUGCAGGUCGCCAUGGCGCCCGUCACCACACGGAUAGAGAACACGGUCACUCUGGAUGGGCAGGCGGUGGAGGUGGUGACGCUGGAACAGUGACGUGCCGCUUUUCUCUCCGCUCGUCUUCCUGCCGCCGGGGCGGGUGGGGCGGGACGUGCACCCCAGCCCUCCACACAGCCCCCCGAGGACAGCAUCUAGGGUCACAGGGCACGUGCCCCCGACAUUCUCCCACGAGAGACAGACACUGAACAGCGAAGGGAGAGGAAAGUGAAUGUUUAUUAACGCAUCAUGUUUACUAUGUAAAAAGAACCAGUGGUGUAUCUGUUGCUUUUUAAAGUUUUUCAGACUUUAAGAGUUCUGUGAGGAAAUACAGGGAUGUACAAAGUAAAUUUUUGUCCUUUUUAUUUAAGCAAAAAUGGUGUUGGAAUUAUGCGGAAUAUUCACACGUGUUGGAAGGAAUCACCGCGCUAUUCUGAAAAGCGCCGUCGCAGAACAAAUGUACUUUUCUGUGUUUCAGCACUAUAGCAAGUAUGAGUCCAGGUGCUAUAAUUACCGUGCUUUUCUCCACAGGCACUGUGUAACUCCUCAGGUAGCUCAGACCCCCUGUACUUUAUUGCUCAUGGCAACCGUAGGCGUAGCAGUGAAGGUGAAAAACCCCGAGUCCUCGUACCGCUCAGCGAUCGCUGUAUUUUUGCACGCUCACCCAAGCUUUUUACCACGCGCUGCUGGUGACCCAGAAGCCCAGCCAGCGCUCCUCCUUGACUUCCACUCUUCCAAUGAAAACCAAAUAGAUCAUGUAGACAUGUAAUAACCCAGUUUGUGAUGUAAAUUAUAGAGCCAAAUGUGAACUGGCAAACAUAGGUGUUUAUCUUGACACUUGUUUACUCACCCAUUCUACCCCUGGGGGGGGGGGGUGUUCGGCACUAUCACUUCCCACCAUCUAUCAUCCACAUAAAAUACAAACCUUUUUA